AUGCGGGAGCAGAGCGCUUAUCCCUCGCCUGGCUCUCCGCGGCAAUUCGUGGGAAGCGUCGCGCCUCCGCAGCCUCUUCAGCAUCAGCGUCGCUGGCUAGCGCAGCUCGCAGCGACUGGGAGCGGGGCUGCCCUGCCGCGGCCACGCCGGGGGAAGCGCUCGCUUACCGGUCCGGGAGAGGGCCUCGCUCGGACAGCGUUUCGUGGGCUAAGCAGGGACACUCCCGGGGGGGCGACCAGCAGCGUCGAGGGCGGCGAGGCGCAGGGAGAGCUCUGCAGCGAGAGCUCUGCUGAAAAGUUUGCUUUGCCCCGCGUGAUCCCGGCCGUGCUGGCUGCGCUGCCCGCCGCGGGCGCAUCCACUUGGCUAAGCGGGGGCGGCGGCGGCGGCGGCGGCGGCGGCGGCGGCCACAAGAAGGAGACCAUCACGUCGUACAGGGAAGUUUUGGAGAGCGGGCUGGCGCGCUCCCGGGAGCUGGGCAACUCGGACGCCGGGGGCCUGCAGGACCUGGCCGAGAGCGGCGCGCACUGCCCGGCGCACCUCUUCAAGGACCACGCGGACGGCGAGAAGGAGAAGCUCAAGGACUUCAACCACGCCAGCAGGACCUCGGAAGGCAUCUACGAGUGCAAGGACAAGCGGGAGGAGGUGAAAUCCGAAGACGAGGACGGGCAGACCAAGCUGAAGCAGAGGAGGAGCAGAACCAACUUCACACUGGAGCAGCUGAACGAACUGGAGAGGCUGUUCGACGAGACGCACUACCCGGAUGCCUUCAUGAGGGAGGAGCUGAGCCAAAGGCUGGGGCUGUCUGAAGCCAGGGUCCAGGUUUGGUUCCAGAACAGAAGAGCCAAAUGUCGGAAACAAGAGAACCAGAUGCACAAAGGUGUGAUCUUGGGGACGGCCAGCCAUUUAGAUGCCUGUCGAGUGGCUCCUUAUGUGAACAUGGGUGCCUUGAGGAUGCCUUUCCAGCAGGUCCAAGCUCAGCUGCAGCUGGAAGGUGUCACUCAUGCUCACCCUCACCUCCACCCUCACCUGGCUGCUCAUGCCCCUUACCUGAUGUUCCCCCCGCCCCCUUUUGGACUCCCUAUCGCCUCCCUGGCAGAUUCUGCCUCUGCAGCUGCAGUAGUUGCCGCUGCAGCAAAGAGCAACAGCAAGAAUUCCAGUAUCGCUGACUUGAGGCUCAAGGCCCGGAAACAUGCUGAGGCCCUGGGACUUUGA